AUUAAUGCAUUUUUUUAAAGCUUUUUUUUUUAUAUAUGAAUAUUUUAAUAUCUCCUGGGUAAAGGAUGAGGAGAAGGAGAGAGGUAUUAAGAGAGAAGAAUCCAAAGAUGAUGAUGAUAAUGAAGACGGCAGCAGCAACAACAACGCUGAUGAAUAUGACCCACUGGAGGCAGAAGACGCAGACGACUAUGAUGGCGACGAUAAAGAUGAUGAAGACUCAAAUGGCAGAGACAGAAGAGACAACCGGCGAGAUGAGCAGAAGUCCAAAGAGAGGUCAUCUAAAGAUAAAGAUGAGAAGAAAAAGCAGAUGGUGACGUUUAACAAGGAUCUGCUGAUGGCCUUUGUGUACUUCGACCAGAGUCACUGCGGCUACCUGCUGGAGAAGGACUUGGAGGAGAUCGUGUACACGCUGGGCUUGCAUCUCUCCAGAGCUCAG